AUGAAGCUCCAAACCUUCUCAUUCCGCUUGAUGCUGGUGUUGGUGGUGUGUAUCUCUCUUUUCAAGGGUUCAGCCUCGUAUCCUCACCUUGAUUCCAACGCUCUCGCCGGUCGAGAAGUCUUCACCUCAUCCACCAAAUAUCCGAUCGCUGGAAAAGGAACUGCCGCCUCCUCUCGCGCAAAUUCUGCGACUUCUUGCUCCAAGGGCAAUUGUAUCGGCUCAACUGACACCACAACAUACCAAAUCUGUGAGGGUACUGGUGAAACCAUGCUGCACGAUCAGGACUUCUCCAUUCUUUGCAAUGUCGAUUUCCCUGCUCAAGACAUCUACCCAUUUAUCCUUGCAGAUUCAUACGACGAGUGUUAUGCUCAUUGCAGCAGCUUCAACCAAACGUCAAAUAAUGUCAAGUGCAUGGGAUUUGUCUUCGCGCCCGGAAGAAUGAACGGGGCUGAUAACUGUUACCUGAAAUCCUCUCUGAACGACCCUUACCCUGCCAUGCUCCAGCUCCUCGGUGCUGUCCUUGGCUCUUCCACAGUUAGUCCUUCGUCGGUCACACCACUCAAACCAGUCUCUACCCCUCGCACUGAUAAAGCGAGCCAAGAAACGAAACUGUCUGUUGGGGACUUCAGGGUGCUAGGUUCCUCUACCACCAAAACCCCAAAAUACUAUCCUAGCCAUACACCAUAUGGGCCCACAGAGAUGCUCUACAGCGAUACCUCACUCCACACUGCCAACGAAUCCUUGAUCAGAGAUUACGCCAUCGCGGAUGACACGGGCUCUUGGACUGAACCCAAACUGCCAAAUCCAAUAUUGGCAGAAAUGAAAUCUGUACCACAAAUCUCACGUGAUGGAGGCAGAGGAGGCAGCAUUAAUGGAACUCAAAUCUUCGUCUUUUGUGACACCAAGAGUGUUCGAAUUGACAACACGCCUGACUCUGGUCAGUUGGUCAGUUUCGUUUCCAGUUCGGUUGCCACUGACAGCGGAAUGAAUGCUCUUUCUGGAAACCCAAUUGAACUGGUGGACAAUCUCGGUGAAUGGCAAGAUGACGUUGGAAGAAUGCGUGGAUUUGCCCCAAUGACUUUGGGAGAACAGUCAUACAAUGUAGCCAUCUCUGGCUCAGGCUAUCGCUACGCAAUCUGGCCUGAUUCGUCUCUCAUUUCAUUGAAUACCUCGCACGCUGUGCUAUAUCCCACUCUUGUCUUUGACAUUGACAAGCAGAUCGAAGCCCCUGUCUUCAAUGAGAUAGGCAAUUCUCUUUUGUUGGUACAUGUUGACCCAACAUAUGGUCCUGUCGCAGAUCGGGUUAAGAAUCAGUUGUUCAAACAGGGAGAAAUUGCUUUUGGCACAAUCGGUGGAAUACGUUCCUGGGGUCCUGAAGGUGUUGGUGCCAACGACGGAUAUGUUUACCUUUUUGGUCAGCGAAAGGGACGGGUCGGUGUCAGCCCAAGCACUAACGGCGUUCUUGUUGCACGAACAACUCCAUCCGGUAUCAACGAGUUGUCAGCAUAUACGUACUGGGAUGGCAAAUCGUGGAGUGGCACCAUGCCAUCCUUCGAUUCGAAAGCAGUUAUGCUUGACCACUUGAUCCAAAGCCUGGAUGUCUUCUAUGUGCCGGCCGUUCGAAGUUUUGUCAUGGUGUAUCUUAACACUUAUGGCGAUAACACAUUUUACUACCGUCACCUACCUCUUGACCUGGACGUUGUACCUGGUGGUGACUAUGUCGAAAAGAUUCUCACUAGUGAGUGGUCUGGAGAGAAAGUUCUCGCCAAACCCGACGCCCCUGAGCGAGAGUUCAUCUAUUCUGGAGGAGUCCAUCUCGGCUAUUUUGGUGACGAUGACAUCACUAAUGGCGGCUGGAAAAUGUUGAUUACAUGGACCGAGAAGAUCGGCAGGGACGCAUUUGCUGCAGAUGCUGGCUAUGCACAUAAGUCAGCUAUUGUACGGCUGGAUUUGGAAUGA